UAUAAAUUUGAGAAUUCAAAGAAACCAAAACCGUCAUCUCCUCUCUUUUAAGCAUCUCUCCCCCCUUCCAAGAAGAUAUCGAAAAAAUGGCAAACGUCUCCGCCUUGCUCACGAUAGCUCUCCUCCUUUGCUCCACGCUAAUGUGCACUGCCCGUCCCGACCCAACCUUCACCGUCACUAUCACGACUGCUGCCGCGGAUCCAUGUAACAUGGGGAAAAAGAUGGAAGGAAAACUAGAUGAAAUGGCAGAAGAGAACUGUGGUGCCAACGACGAAGAUUGCUUAAUGAGGAGGUCUUUGGUCGCUCAUACUGAUUACAUCUAUACCCAGAAGCAGAAGAAUUAAGAAUCUUUGAUUCUCGCUAAUUUAUUUCUAACAAACUUUUGGCUGAUUGGCUCUCUUGGUGAUGUGAUUCAUGUCAAUGUCAUCCUUAAUCAGUCAUUGUUACAUAGAUCAUCAAGAUAGUUAUGGACCCAUGGUUGUGAUUAUUAUAAACUAGAAAGGUAUAUAUGUUUCAGAAGUUUGACAAUAAGGAAUUGAUUAAAUCUUAGUGAUUUGUAAUACCUUAUAUUAAAAACACAUGAAAUUCAAGUAUCUUCAUCAUAUUGUAAGUGGAUUAUUUUUUAAUCGAGAAAACAUGUUGGGUUGUUGAUUAA